GCAUCCCAAACCAAAGUCAGAGUCAGAGUUACCUCUCUCUCAUUUCUGCAACUGUCAGGUCAUGUGGUCGGAGCCACAACAAAACCGUCACAAACAUUAUUUAGAUUUUAAAUAAAUAAAAAUUCAGAUGAGAGAGAGAGAGAGAGAAAAAAAAUGCAUGGAUAGAUUAAUUAGUGGCGAAAGUGGAGUAUUUAUAUUUAAUUAUUAUUCAAUUAUCUUAAUAGCCGCGCGCGAGAAAAGCAACAGCGUUAUGGGAAGAAGAAGCAACAACUUCCUCUGAAGCAGAAGCAGAAAGCAGAGUGUUCCACUUCCAUGGCCGAACCAAACUCCAACCCUAACCACUCUAACGGUCACGUGAACCGUUCCAGACCCUACACGACUCACGUGACCUUCCGUCUCCUCUGUCACGCGUCGCGCGUGGGCGCCAUCAUCGGCAAGUCCGGCGUGCUCAUCAAGACGCUCCAGGAGGCCACCGGCGCCAAGAUCCGAAUCGAGGACGCGCCGCCGGACUCCCCCGACCGCGUCAUCCUCGUCAGCGCCCCCGCCGCCGCCUCCGACGGUGAGGUCUCCACGGCGCAGGUGGCGCUGCUCAAGGUCUUCGACCGGGUUCUCGACGUCGCCGCCGAGACCGCUGGCACUGAAGUUGGCGACCGAGUGGUCUCUUGCCGGCUGCUGGCCGACACUUCGCAGGUCGGCGCCGUCAUUGGCAAGGCCGGGAAGGUCGUGGAGAAGAUCAGGAUGGACACCGGAUGUAAGAUUAGGGUUUUGAACGAAGGUUUGCCGGCGUGCACUGCUCCCUCCGAUGAAAUCGUUGAGGUAGAAGGCCAGCUGACAUCUGUAAAGAAGGCACUUGUUGCUGUCUCCGGUUGUCUUCAAGAUUGUCCUCCUCCUGAUAGAACAAAGAUGACGGGAAGCAGACAUUAUGAAGUGGUUCGGUCUGAGACAUGUUCAGUUCCACUUGAGUCUUUAACUAAUUUGCAUAUAGAUCGUCGUCUGCAAAGGAGCUCUACAUUAUCCACUUUAUCCAAUAGGUCUAAUGGCAAUGCCUCUGGAGCUCCUAAAUUAUCAGCUGAAGUUAAUAGAGUCUCAGCCCUGGAUCCAAAAGCACUUCAGCAGGAAGUUACCUUUAGAAUUAUUUGUUCCAAUGAUAGAGUUGGAGCCGUAAUUGGAAAGGGGGGCAGUAUUGUAAGAGCUCUUCAGAAUGAAUCAGGGGCUAUUAUAAGUUUUGGUCCUUCAUUAGUUGAGUGCGAGGAUCGACUAGUUACUAUUACUGCUUCAGAGAACCCUGAAUCAAGAUAUUCUCCUGCACAGAAGGCUGUUGUUCUUGUUUUCUCCAAGUCUGUUGAGGCUGGUGUUGAGAAGGGGCUAGACAUGGGAUCAAAAAAGGAGUCAUAUGUUACUGCACAACUUGUAGUCCCAUCAAACCAAGUGGGUUGUUUAUUAGGGAAAGGAGGAGCAAUAGUCUCAGAAAUGCGGAAAGCCACAGGGGCUAACAUAAGAGUAAUUGGGAAUGAUAAGGUUCCAAAGUGUGUAUCGGAUAAUGAUCAAUUGGUACAGAUAUCAGGAGAGUUUUCAAAUGUUCAAGCUGCAAUAUAUAAUGCAACCGGUAGACUGCGAGAUAAUCUUUUUGUUAGUACACAAAACAGUGGCGGAGCGAGGAGCCUUUCCUCUGUUCUAUCUGGAGGCAAACCAACUGUUGCUGUUUCUCUUAGUCUCAAUAGACAUUCUUUGCCAGGAUUACAGGCACCACAGACAGUGGCUGGGAUCAAUUCCAGAGUCACCAAUGGUGUUAGUCGGGGAUUGACUUCUCAAAAAGGUGGCUUAGAACUUGUCAGUGGGAGUAAAACUGCCAUUGUUACUAAUACAACUGUGCAAAUUGCGGUUCCUGAUGAUGUUAUUGGCUCUGUAUAUGGGGAAAAUGGCAGCAAUCUGGCUCGCCUGAGACAGAUAUCAGGGGCAAAGGUUAUUGUCCACGAACCUCGUCCUGGAACAAGUGACAGGACUAUUAUCAUAUCCGGUACACCCGAUGAAACUCGAGCAGCACAGAGCCUUCUCCAAGCAUUUAUUCUCGCUGGAUCAUCGUGACAAUAUCCCCUCACUGAUGACCCAUUAAUUCUCAACUAGUUUUUACCUUUUUUAAAAAUCCUUAUUGUCCUACCUGAAAGCAUGUACAAUAUAGGAAAAUAUCCACACCAUUUGCCAUUCCCUGCUAGUAAUCUUGGUGUCUACUGUCACUCUAAUGUGUCAUUGUCACUCUUAUUUAAUUAAAUUUCAUAAAAUUUCUAUUACAAAAUAGAUUGUUUUUAACAAAAAGUUAUUUAAAUGUGGAUGACAAUAGACAUAUAAGAGUUGCAAUAGACAUUCCCUUAAUGGACCGGUAAAUCAAUUCACACCAUAGGUUGUUCGAUGGGAACGACAGUGUACUUAUUUAACAAUAGUCACUUGAUUCUUUUGGAUAAUACUGUAAUAGCAAGUUAAAUUCAUCAGAUUUAGCAUUUUUGUUACCAGUUAGUUCCUUUUUGAAUAUCACCCUGUUACGCAUGACAUUCUUAA